GAUGGACCAACCUUUGAGAUUAUGACUCUUAAAAGAUAAUUACUUGGCAAACAAAUUGAAUCAAAUGUAUGCAAAAGUUACAAUAAUCUGUAAGAAAUUCCUUGUGAGAGUAGUCUGCUUUGUUUGCUUUGUGUGCAUCAAAACACAAUUAAACUAUUUGGGCGAUAGCCUAGCUGGUUAUCUCUCCGAACUUAGGAACUUAGGGUGUAAAAAAUCUCUCUCGAGGUAGGGAUUUCGAUUCAAAGUUGGCGUCACUAUUUCCAAGUGAUUUGCGUUCGGUCUCGGCCCAACUACCCCAUCAGAUGGGUUUGAGCGUACCUAACUCGGUCUAAGUUUGGACUUAGUGGGUUGUCCAAAAGAUACGCCUGCUGAGUUGUGCCUCGGUUAAAAAAAUAAAAACGAACAACUAGCUUACAAUGUUUUUUGCCUAAAUAGAUGCCCCUUUGUGUCUCGUUUUAUCAAUUUCAAUGAUUUCUUUGUUCACACAGCUUAGAUGACAGCUUCAAGCACACUGUCAUUUCUUCGAGUCUGGAAGUUCCAAAAGAUGUUCAUUGUUUACUCCAUUACAUUCCAUGUGUAUCUGCAACAAACAAGAAACGGUGUAAAUUCUUAAGGAAUAUGUCCUCAUCUGAUAAACCAAGAUAAAACAGGAACUGAUGUUGUAGUCUGUUUCCUAUCGCUGCAAAUGAUAUGUCUUCAAAGCAGGAAGCAAAGCCAAUCAUGAUGGUAUUUCUUUCAUUCAGCUGCUUUUGAUCGAAAGACGAAGAGAAAAUGCAGAGAGGGAAGGAUUUCAAUACGUUUUCGAAGGUGCUGAUUGGCAUUGCAGCUGUUCAAGUGUUCAUCACAGUCUCUGUCGUCGAAUGUAAGUUGUCGGAAACUGAAUCUUUCUUUGAUUUCAUUAAUGCUGUUGAUCCAGAAAACGUACUGAGAAUCGACAAAAAUGGUUCGAACCUGAAUCCUUGUUCUGAUAAGCUGAAGGGUGGUGUUAAGUGCAAUGCAUAUGGGGCUACCAUAACAGAAUUAAGGCUUGACAGUAUGAAUCUUAGUGGAACAAUUGAUGCAGAUUCUCUAUGCAAGCUGAGAAAUCUGAAAGUUCUUAGCCUGUCGAAGAAUUUCAUCCGAGGAAGUAUUCCUAACUCGAUAUUGCAUUGCAGAAGGUUAAGGUACUUGAAUCUUAGCAGAAAUCUCUUGAGUGGGAGAUUGCCAAUGGCCUUAAACAAGUUGAGAUAUCUAAGGGGAAUUGACAUCUCCAACAAUCAAUUCAAGCAAGAAUCAAUAGAACCAAGCGCAUCACUGAAAAUUAGUACUGCAGUGAAGGCAGGGGAUUACAUACCCUCAUCGCCCACUGAGCCUAGCGAGCCAGUUUCUCAUCACAAGACUUUGUAUGAGGAUUUGACAAUCUUCUUACCAUUGAUUAUUGGCAUAGUAGUCUUGGCUCUGCUUAUACACAUUAAGAACAAAAUCGCUGCUAAAUCGGCAGAAGACAGAGAGAUUCUGAAGGAACUUGAGAAGUCUCCUCCACAAAAUCCUUCAAAAAAGGAUGCUGAGGAGGAAUUUAGGCCUCAUAGAAGCUGUUCCGAGCUUGUAUUCUUUGCAGAAGAGAAUGAACGAUUCAAAAUGGAAGAUCUGCUCGAAGCCACAGCUGAUCUACAAAGCCAUAGCCUAUGCAGCAGCCUCUACAAAGUAAUGCUCAAGAACAAUAAUGUUUAUGCUGUCAAAAGAAUGAAGAAACUGCAAGUUUCGCUUGAAGAAUUCGGUCAAACUAUGAGACAAAUCGGGAACUUGAAGCAUCCAAACAUUCUGCCUCUUAUAGGUUACCAUUCUACUGAUGAAGAGAAACUCCUGAUUUACAAGUAUCAAGACAAUGGGAGCCUACUAGACCUGCUGGACAAUUACAUUGAGGGUAAGAGGGAAUUCGCGUGGGGGCUUCGGCUGUCAAUUGCAAGUGGGAUUGCCAGGGGAUUAGACUUCAUAUAUCAGAGUUCAGGUAACCAGGAGAUUAUUCCUCAUGGAAAUCUCAAGCUUUCAAAUAUCCUAUUGAAUGAGAAUGAGGAGCCAUUGAUGAGUGAUUACGGGUUUUCGAGAUUUCUAGACCCCAACAGAGGUUGCAUAUUUUCCAUAAAUGGGUACACAGCACCAGAGAAAGCCUUAUCAGAACAAGCUGAUGUGUUCAGCUUUGGUGUCAUUUUGCUUGAGUUACUAACUGGGAAAACUGUGGAGAGAAGUGGAAUAGACUUGCCUAAAUGGGUUAGGUCAAUGGUGAGGGAGGAAUGGACAGGAGAGGUGUUUGAUAAGGAGGUUAACAGAUAUGCUAGGCAGUGGGCAUUUCCUCUGCUGAAUGUCUCCCUCAAAUGUGUGUCGAAUUCACCCGAAGAUCGACCUUCCAUGGCUGAAGUGUUGGAGAAGAUAGAGGAGGUUGUGAAUGAUCAUGAUGAUGUUUCUAUAUCAUCAAUAUCUUCUUUUGCUUCUAGCCAACAAGAUUGCUGUUUGCUUCACACUGUCAUUCCUGAGACUUGGGAUACUCCAGGAUCAAAUUACUGAGACAUUAUAACAAACACUGUAAUUGCUGGAGUAUACAAGCAAGUAAUCACAAGUAGUGAUUUUUAAUUUUGUAAGCUAGAGUGAAUAAAAUGUGUGCUUAUGUAUGC